AUGGCUUAUGAACGACGACGUUUAUCGACUGAGAGUGAUAAAUCCUCAACAAGUACAAAUCAUUCAACAGAGUCAACCACCACAUAUCAUACGAUAUCGCCACAUCGAGUGCAUCCAACGAUCCCUGCGGAUCAAAAACUUUCCAUUUUAUCGAUGAAACAACCCACAAAUAUGGUCAAACGAAGUUCGACUAUAUCUUCUCCAGCUGAGCAGUUACUAGCGCGUACAAAAAACGCGUUCGUGGAUUUAAAUCCAUACUUUCAAUGUUCAUCAUUGCCAAGCCAUUGGAGAAAAAACAAGUCCCUCCGCUUCGUUUUACGUGCAAAAGACGAUGUCGACAUAAAAGCCAACACACGUGUUACGAUACUUGCGGGUAACGAUUACAAUCCAUGCGCAGCAUUGAAGAACAAUAUCAGUUGGUUUCGUGGUAGUCAAGCUGAAUUCAAUGACUUGCGCUUUCUCGGCGCCAGUGGGCGAGGGAAAAAGUUUACAUUGACGAUUGUUAUCGAAACAACUCCACCGCAACAAUGCACUUAUCGUCGAGCAAUUAAAAUAACAGUGGAUGGACCAAGAAAGAAGCGUGAAUUAAAAAAUAAGUCAGAUGCGAAUGAACUUCAAGCGGAUGAUUCAAACGGGGAUGGUGAAUCCGAUAAUGAAACAAAUACUUCAAUGUUAACUGAUACGAAUGCAGGUAUCGGUCAAGUAUCAUCUGGACUUUUACUUCUGGCUGCUGCAGCUGAGCAAAAACGAAAAGAUGAAGCAGAUGAAACGCAAACUCGUCCAUUACAAUCAGCUCCAAUGGUUAUAUCAUAUUCAUCAAAACUAAGUGAUACAAGUUCUUCAUUGACCAAUUGUCUUUCUCCAUCAUCAUCACUAGCUUCACAAUUUUCUCAUUCGAUUGCUUUUUCGCCUACAUCAUCCUCGUUGGAUGAUUUCAAUUCACGUCUAUCUUCUCGUCACGUCUUUUUAAACAGUCAAAACUCCGAUCAAUCAACUCCGACCGUUCCCGUAGUCUCCACUUUGCCAACAUCCAAUAUCAUCUUCAGUCUUACCCAACCAGCAAAUCAUUUCGAAUUCUUUCAUUCUCAACAACAAAGACGUGACCAACAAACGACUAUGGUCGAACCAUCGCCAAAUACUUCAUCAACAAAUACACCAACUACACAUGUCCUAUGUCGAUAA